AAAGGAAGGAGAGAAGGAACGGGAGAUUCACCUUCAGCACUCCUCUUUCUCUGCAUCGUUCACUUUGUCCCUCGCUCCAAGACAGCUAACAUGGCCUUCAACGGCACGUGGAAGAUUGAUCGCAACGACAACUAUGACAAGUUCAUGGAGCAGAUGGGUAUUAACCUAAUGAAGAGGAAGUUGGCAGAGCACGAUAACCUGAAGCUAAUUAUCGAGCAGAACGGGGACAAAUUCACCAUUAAGGAGUCAAGCACGUUCAGGUCUAAAGACAUUGAGUUUACUCUUGGAGUGCAGUUCGAUUAUUCUCUCGCUGACGGCACUGAAUUGACUGGAGCGUGGGUGAUGGAGGGAGAUGUACUGAAGGGUACCUUCACCAGGAAGGACAACGGCAAAAUCCUGACCACCACCAGAGCGCUAGUGGGAGGAGAGCUGGUACAGAGCUACAACUAUGAAGGUGUUGAUGCCAAAAGGAUUUUCAAGAAGGCAUAAAGGAAGUGGACAGUACAGAAAUCGGAGACUGUAGGUGGCUUUUUCAUGAACAAGAAGGAUCGUGCAGUUUUUGGAGCAGAUUGUACAUAAAACUGUCAUUUGUUUUCAUUAACUGUUGCCUUGCAAAUAAAUGUAUAGAUAUUUUUACUUUA